AUGACCGGCACAACUAAGAAACUUCAGCUCUUACUCAACCGGACGGACAUUCCUGUUUCCAUCAUCAAUGAAGUCGUCGCACAAGCAACGCUGGAGUUUCACCCAGAAAUAUUGCAGACUUUGGGCACCGACUCAAGAUUGACGCCUGAAGUUCGUUGCGCAGCUUUUGCGAAGGCAAUUAAUAAGCGAAAUCUCCACGCAGCUCGAGCUUUAUUCCAGGAGAACCAGAUUUCCUCCCAAGAAGUGACUCGAGCGUUUGUGAGGGCUGCUUGCGCUGGUGAUUUGCGCCUUGUGAAGUUUUUGCAGGGCAAACCAGCCAUUGACGUAUCCGCGGAGCAGGACGCUGUACUCGCUGCCGCUCGCGCAAACCGUGAUAAGGUUACGCGGCACCUUUUGAAGCGCAGAGAGAGGUCAAUUGAGACUCUCCAAGAGGCCCUUAGUGCUACUCGCAAUGAAAGCCUUCAGAUGUUUCUUCGUGCAUGCAUCGCACAACGCCAAGAUGGUAGUUCGAGGGCAGAACGGUGA